AUGUCCGGUGAAAGCCAUUCGGAGUUCGCCAUGCGUUCCAGAGUUGGACGAACGCCGUCAGAUCAAGAGCGACGGAAGGAAUCACCGUUUAAUAAGGACGCGGUUAUUAUAGAGCGAAAAAUCAAAGCUGGGGAUACAUUGAACAAGAUUGCAAUACAAUACUCAGUGAAUGUAUCCGAUAUUAAACGCGUCAACAAUCUCGUGAGUGAUCAGGAUUUCGUUGCACUAACCGUUGUGAAAAUUCCUGUGAGUCGACUGCGGUACGCUCUCGGCGUUGGCAGUUCAUCCGAAGAUGACGAACACAUAAUAGACUUCGAUGAGCGCGCUGGUUUAUUGGAGAAUGAGAAAACGGGACCAAACACCAGAAACGUGGACACUUCACGAGAUCCAAGCGUUGAAGAUAUUUUUCGCAAGACGGAUUCCACCAUAGGUAUGUAG